AUGCCGCCUUUGAGGACGGACCGUGAUAAGCCCAGGCAAGAUCCGGUCUCGUGUCAAGUCUGCCGCCAAAAGAAGCUCAAGUGCGAUAGAAAGCUGCCAUGCUCGAAUUGUCGCAGCCGAAAAGUGACAUGCGAGUACCAGAAUCGUGAAGGCGAUCGGCAGGUGACUGUAGACAACGGUGAGGAUGACGGCAGAGAUGACCUUCGAGCAGAGAACCGGGCCAUGAGAGCCAGGCUCGACAGACUUGAGCAGGUCGUCUUUCAAACAUCAGCUCAAACUAUUACACCCCUGCUCAAUGGCACACCUACCGCCACGCUGCGCGCUGUCACCACACCCGCUGAGCAUCGUUCAAGGACGGACGCUACUCGAGCUGAUGAAGAUUCGCACCUCCUGGAGAGCGUUGGAGCUCAUGGCGACGUCGUACUACCUCCAUACGCUGCUCGUAUCGCGAUCCACUUGCAGGACCUGCAGCAGUCGUUGACGCCUCAUUUGUGGUCGGAAGUCCGCAACAUCAGCAUCCCCACCGCCGAGGUCGCAUAUGUGUUCCUCGAUGCAUAUGCAAUUCACCUCGACUCCCUGCAGCAUCUCCUCCACAUUGAAAGCACGCGCCGGUUGUUUGCUCGCACUUAUGACCGGAUACGGAGAGGCCAAGAAGUCGACGCAGGAGCGCUAUGUCUCAUCCUGGCCAUCUGUGCCUCUGUCGCCUACUAUUACACUGAAGGCUCCUCGAGCGGCAACGAAAUCUUCGACAGCGUCGAUACGGCGUACAGUUUAGCGGUACACUGGGCUAAGCAGGGCUUGUACGCAAUGGAGCAGAUACAGAUCGCCACCACAAGCGAGCCGACAUUGGAAGCCGUCCAAAGUUUGGUCAUGCUGGCGUUCGUGUUCUAUCAUAUGGAAGGCUUCACAUAUCGAGUGAGAUGCAUGCAUCCCCAAGCUCUCCACAUGGCUCGAUCCCUGGGGAUGAACACGAUGGAUCAUGGUGGAGGUCAACCCCAGCCAUACGAUCAAGACGAUGUCAUCGACCGCGAGGUUCGUCGAAAGGUAUGGUGGCACUUGACGAGCACCGAUUGGAUCCUGGCGUUCAUGGGUGGCUCUCAAGGAGACCCAAGCUAUUCAACACGGCCGGAGAACAUGAAGGUCAACCUUCCGCGGAACCUCAAUCAGCAGGACCUCGAGUCGCAAGAUGGUCAUUUCACUCGACCCGCGGAGGAGCCCACAGGCAUGGCAUACUACCUGCAGCGUAUCAAGCUCGCAGCCAUUUGCCGUGAGGUAUUCGAGACGCUGUGGCAACCUAUGCGGUUUGGGGAUCCGGCCGAUUUUGACUACAACAUUGUCAGUGUCCUCGAUGCGAUGUUUGAGAACCAAUUGAGCGACCUGCCUCGGUUUAUGCGGUUGGACAUUCCUGAUGCGCAACUGCGAGCCGAGUAUGGUGUGCUGUUCACCCCGGCUCUCGACCUUCAACGAUUGAUUAUUCAUCUCAUGAAUCACAGCAGACGCUGCCGCAUACACAUGCCGUUCCUGAUUCGAGCGAAAAACGAUCCACGAUUUCAGUCAUCACGGCGGAAAGGAUUGCAGUCUGCCCGAGCGGUGGUGGAGAUCCGACGACUGGCCAUGUCUGAUAAAGAGUCUGGCGUCGCACCCUUGAAGCUGGGCGGCGUACUUCAGCACAUCUUCUAUGCGACCAUCGCGCUCGUCAUGGAUCUCUGCGUCAACCGCGACGACGAAGGCGCAAGCCUAGCCGAAGUCCGAGAGGUCCUCCGCAUUGUUGCAAACACCAGGACGUCUUCUCCGAUGGCUAGACGUUUCCACGAAUCUCUUACCGAGACUUUACGGAAGCACAAUGUCGUGCUGCCGGAUGUCGCCGCGCCCACGAAUAGUGCUUCCGUGAAUGGCACAGCGACUCUGCCGCUCGACUAUGCUGCCGAUGUAGCACCGUCGAUCGAUCUUGGGGGUGACGAGUUGUGGGAGCAAUUUCUCAAUACCACGGCACCAGCUUGGAGUGCUCAGGACUGGGAUUCGUUGCUCUUCGACAUCGAUAUGCAGUCUAUGUGA